AUGGUUCUUGACCUGGCCAGGAGUAUUAAAGAGAGAGACAAGAGAGAGACGGCCAGGAUCGGUCUGGAGACUCAAAAUCGGCCUGGAAUGGUGAGGACAGAGGACAGAAUGGUGAGGACAGGAGAAAUGAUCACUAGGACAGGUUAUUUGGAGACACCAGGAAACGGCCAAUAUCAACCGAAUCUAAUACUGACAUUGGCGAUGAAAGAGAAGAGUGAGCAAUCAGAGCUCGCAGCGUUACUGAAAUUCCGAUCAGUGGCAAGUCCAUGUUUGUCAGGCUGUCGCGUCACCGGCGUUACUGAAACGCCGGGGCCUAUGUGUACCUGA